AUGCCGGGUGGAUGGGGCAAACGUUCCUCAGUUAACGACGAUUACAUUCUAAACAACUUAGUAGACGGUAUUUCAGAUGACGGUCCCAUUCCUGAGUACAGCUAUUUUGUGGAUAACGAGAACGACGACGAAAAAAGAGCCUGGAACAACCUACACUCGACUGGAUGGGGCAAAAGGUCUGCCAGAAGAUGGGGAAACUUUAAAGGAGCCUGGGGAAAGAGGGAACCAGCUUGGACUAAUUUGAAAGGCAUCUGGGGAAAAAGAAGCGGCUCUCUACAGUAAUUAAUGUCUUAAGGGUGUCAGGUAUUACUGUUACUGUAACAAUCCAAUAAUCAACUUGUUUGUCAGUACUUAUUACGAAAUAUUUCUGCGCUAUUUGUGUCAAUAAACAAUUCCAGUAUAUGUCAAUUUACGGACUAGUACCUGAAAUCCUUUCAAUUUUCAUGAAUAAAAUUAACAACUGAUUUUUUGGUUUAACUGUGUUUCAAUGUUUUAUCGAAUUAUUCUUAUCUAUUGUUUAUUAAACAUUAAAGUAAGUCAAUAAAUAAUGUUAACAAAAUGAA